UCCCUAGCCUAUUUAAAAAUAUAUUUGUCAAAAUCAUUUGACAUUUGUGUAAUAAAAACUUCUCGUCCCUCGAUCUUCUUGGAUUCCAGCGAGUGUUUUCCUUAAUAAUGGCUGAGAAAUAUGGAAUUUCGGAGGCAGAACUUAAUCUCAUCAAAGUACAAGCCGCCAGGCGUGCUACUAUGAGACAAGAGUUUAUGAAACAGAAGACUCACCCUUGGAAACACGCUGCGGAAGCUGGCUAUGUUUUCGAUCCUGCCAUCCAGAAGUUUAUGUCUAUGAAGGUUACGCAGUUCGACAAUUUUACUCCUAACAAGAGGACAAGUUUAUUUGGCUUUGGCGCUAUUAUCUUACCUAUGUUUGUUUACGGAUACUUUGUUUGGAAGGACAGAACUGACCGUGAAAAGAAAAUAAGGUCUGGAGAGCUACGCUACAAAGACAGGAUGUUUAAAUUAGCUUAGUUUUGUGUUGAAACAAUUUAAAUCAAACUGUAGAAAUAUAUUAAUUUAAUUGUAAA